AUGGGAAAUUCUAACGUUUCACAAAAAUUUGCUUCUCUUCAACCAGUUCCUCUUGUGGACACUGAUAAACGAUUUAAAUUUUGGAAUUUAUAUGACGGAGUUGUUCAAAAGAGUGUUCAAACCGAUCAACGAAAUGUAUCAGUUUUUGAAUUUAAUUUAACGGAGAAGCAGGCUCGAGAUUUACCAAAACAGUUCCGACAAAAUAAUACUGCGAGUGACUCCUCGGAAGGAGAUGCUUCAGUUUCCUCUCAGAAUACGAAUAAGCCAAAGAAUUUGUCUCCAUUCGAAGAGGAACCUGCAAAAACCAUUAUUGAAUGUGCAAGAAAAGGAAUGAAAUUUAUAAAAACAUUGAGACAUCCCUCCAUUAUUAAGUAUGUAGACGAUCUAGAGAUCAGCCCUGCACAUUUCUAUAUUGCUACAGAGCCUGUGGUUCCUCUUCGAUCUAUUUUGCCAAAUCUUGAAAUGUCUGAAAUACUUUUGGGUUUACAUCAAAUUGCAAGCGCUCUUAAUUUCCUAAAUGAACAAUGCCAAGUUACAUUUAACAACUUGCAUCUUGAUUCGGUAUAUGUGACAAAAGAUAAACAAAUGAGAUGGAUGCUUGGGGAUUUCCAGUUUGCUCUCGAAUUCAAUAAUUUGGACAAGGACAUAUUUGAAAAGACAAAGGAGAUGAGAUAUUCAGAAACCAUCACUCCUGAAGAAGGAAUGAAGAAAUUUCAAAAAUACACUCCUACCUGUAGAGAUGUUUAUGCAUUCGAAAAGCUUGCAUCAAAGAUAUUUGCUGAAAUUGAAGAAAGUUGUAAAAAGAACAAUAUCUCCAAUGACCUGACAUACCAACAUUUUUUGAAAUUACCUGCCAUCAAAUAUUGGAUGGGUAAAGCAUUGGAAAGCGAGCCUCAGUCCAGAGCUACGUUUUCCAGUUUCUUAAAGCUUAAGAUUUUUGAACAGGAUCCGCUCUGUUCAAUAAUGCUGUUUUUUGAUGAUAUGAGAUUGAAGAAGCCAUCAGAAAAGGAAGCAUUCUUUAAGGACUUAAAGUCUCACGUUUCCAAACUUUCACUUCCAGUUUUUAAGAAUAGAAUACUUCCCAGAAUGUUGACAUUGCCAUUUGUCACAGAACCAGCAUCUGGCACUUUUCUUGCACAUUUAUUCUCUCCAAAAGAGUCUAGUAAGAGAGGAGUAGAAGGAAUUCUGUCUGGAAAAGACUACGAGGAUCAUAUUAUUACUUUUAUCAGAAAAUGUUAUUUAAGCAAAAAUUAUAGUCUCAGAAUGAGAAUUCUACAAACUCUAGAAUAUUAUCAAAAUCAAAUUGCUCCACAGGUAGCUAUUUCUGAAAUUAUUCCUGAAAUUAUGCGUGGAAUGAAAGACAGUAACAAUGAGAUCGUCAUGUUCACUAUGAAUGCUUGUGUUUCAUUUUCCAAGUAUUUAGUGAGUCAUGACAAAUCUUCAAUAGGAUUGGAAAUUAUUAAUAAUCAAUUUUUACCUGCUCUACACCAUUAUGCGGUUCAAAACUCCAUUCCAAAGCAAGCAGUCACCAUGGAUGCCAGUAAUAUUGAAUCUGUGAUUGCUCUUCGAUCUCAUGCAUUGUUGUGUCUGGUUGAGCAAUGGAAUAUACCUGGAGUUCAUAAGGGCAUUAUUCUAACGGCAUUACAUGCUAAUUUGUUUGAUAAGGAAAUUUUCGAACUCAAAGUUCAUGCUCUUAAUGUCAUUUUGAUUCACAUGUCUCGAUUUGAUCCAAGAGAAUUAAUGACUUAUAUUAUGCGACCAGUUCUACCACUCACACUACACGAAAGAGAACAAGUAAGAUCUAAAGCGUCCCAAGUUCUCAAAGUUGCCAUUGAAACAUUAGGAGAAGUUGAUCUUUCUAAAUGUAAUCUUGGAAUGAUCACUUCACCAAAUGAUGGAAUUUCAAAUGUGACUCCACUUUUCCCAGCCACUUCACAAAAAGAACUUGUGAGGCACGAAAUAUUCACAGGUCAAUCUCCAAAGCAUGUGAUACAAUUUCCGAACGACACCAAAGAUUCAGAGACGAAUGUUUCUUCCCCUUCUCUGUCAGAACCUGCAUCUUCUCCUAAAUUUCAAUCAUCAGGAUCACCACUUCCUCAUUCUAUUCAUCAUGUAGAAUCAGUCAAGACAACGACACUACCUCCUGUCCGAGCAGGUAGUAGCAUGAAACUACCAUCAUCCAUGACAACAGCUACCCAGGAUCGUGUAAUAUUGAACAACAAUCAUCCUGAAAAACAAGAGCCAUCACCAUCAUUGAAAACUCAUCACAAUGCAGAAUCAAAAGAAGACGAGGAUUGGAAUAGUUGGUCUGACAAUGAUGAACACACAGUAACUGUAGAAACGACCAGUACUAAGGUGAUACAGAGCUCACCUUCUCAUUCCAUACAAAGCACAGAAUCCACAUCUGGUACUGUCAAGAAAAAGAAUGUCCUUAGAUUUGACUCGGAUCACUUGGAAGAAGAAACUCUUCAAAAUAUGGAAGAGGACUCUGAGGAUUUGUUUAAGGACUUUACACCAAAAGAGCAAACAAAACCAUCCUCUCAGAAAAUCUUAAAGAGUGCAACUUCUAAGAGAGCUACAACAAGUGGCAACAACAAAACAAAGACCACACCAGUUGCAACUUCAUCUCCUCAACAGCAGCAGCAACAACAACAACAUGAAGAAGAGUCAAAAGAAUCAAACCUUUCCAAGAUUCUCUCCGAGUCGGAAGCACCAGUGGAUAAUUCAGCAUGGGAUGAAAUUGAUAUGUUUUCACAGAUGGACAUUAAGCAAUAG